GUGAAAUUGAUCUCCUAAAUUUAGUUCCCCUGGCCCUGGCAGUCGUCAUAAAACGUUUCCAAAUCCCUUUUCCGUAAACUUUUUUUUUUCGCCCACCCAAUCCUAAGCAAACCAAAUUUGUCGCCUUCUAUUCGAUCUCCUCGAUUCAAGUAAACCCUUUUUAAUACACGUCUUUAUUGGGAUAUUUCCGUCAACAUGUCUUCUAUGUGGUUAUCCGAUUCUCAGAGUAAGCUCUGCUCUGGACUCAUCCCACCUCGGCAUGUCACGCGCCUGGGAUUGGCCGACGACGCAAGGCGGGCACACACUGCAACGAGGAGUGGAUGACGAAUUAGUGAUGCGGAUAGUGUGAAACUGACAUGGACUAUAGAAAUCGGUGCGAUUUUCUGCUCUGGAGGUACGCAGGCGAUGGCUGUUCGCGAAGGCGCAUCCUGGCGCGACGGCAACAUCUCCACGUCCACAGCUAACCCAGAUGUAUAGGCGCGCUGUUCCUUAUCGGAGGUGUCAUGCUCUUCUUUGAUCGUGCCAUGUUGGCCAUGGGCAACAUUCUACUCCUUAUCGGUCUUACCAUCAUAAUUGGCCCCCACAAGACGAUGCUCUUCUUUGCUCGCAAACAGAAAGCCAAGGGCACGGCAGCGUUCUUCGCGGGUCUUGCUCUCAUCUUCCUGAAGUGGACGUUUAUCGGCUUCUUCGUCGAAGCCUACGGCAUUGCUAUUCUAUUUGGCGACUUCUUUGGAACCGUUCUCGGGGUCGGCCGUGGUAUUCCCGUAGUUGGACCUUAUAUCGGCAUGGCCAUUGAUCGACUUGGCCUCGGCAAUCGCAAUGAGCUUCCUGUCUAAGAGCUUUGACGAACGAUAUGCACACGAUACAACGCAACACUGGCGCAGCUCAAGGCGAACACAAAAAUUACAAACUUGCAGACAAUUUCUGAAGAGUUCGGCGAAAUCGGCGUUGGUGUAUUGAAAAUGGAAACCUCUAGUCUUUGGCAGAAAUAAUACUAAUAUGACGGAGCCUACAGGGCAUGUGUAUGAACGAUACGAAACAAUUCGAUAGUAAUAUUUUAAUAACAACAAAAAUUAACAUUGAGCCCAUAUGUUGUCUUCGGUCACGAAGGAUAUUGAUGACUUUUGCAAAUAUGCUAGAAUUAUCAGAGACUUGGCAGCAAUGCUAAACCAGUUUGUUAUAGCAUUGGAGCGGCCCUGUGUAUGCUUAAACUAACACGCUCUAUUUUCCAUACUAUUUCAUUUUAAUUCGCUGCCAUGCUGAAUUGCGGUUGCUGUCUACAAGCCUGGAGUCAAGCAGACCCUUGUUCAAGUUCAUAUGACCGCCUCCACUCGACGACUUUUUAUGAUGCUCGCCGCCCAUCCCCUUAC